AUGUUCCCCCACCCCACCCUUCAGAUAAGAACUGUGAACCAGGCUGUACAGGAGGCCUCCGCUUCUAGAACCCGGGCGCGGCCCAGCCUGGACCUCCACCUGGUGGCGCUCCCCUGCCUGUUUCCCGAGAGGUCCUGCUCCUUCCUGGUCCGCAGCCCUGGAGGCUUUCUUCUCCCAGGUAAGAGCGCGACUGUCGGCAGCGGGCGGUGGCAGCAGACGAGCCGCCCAGUUGACCGCCUGUGCCUGCCUACCCAGGCCCCCAAGGGCCGGAUCAGCGGCCUGCCCACGACCUCCAGCGGCAACCCCUUCCAGCUCUGGGCCCUAGGACUCUUCUGCACCGAGCGCCACCUGGCCAAGCGCCUCAAGGACAACAGCUUCUACCCAUUCACGCAGCAGCAGCCCAACGUCUUCGUGCUCGAAUACUACCUGGACACGCUGUGGAAGGGGACGCUGCUCUUCGUCGUCUGCCUCAUCCUCGUCAGCUUCGGCUUCGUGAGCCAGGUGCAGAAGCAGGAGACUUGGGGCUUCCCCGCGUACGGCGUGGGCGUGGGCCUGUGGCUCAUGAUCUCGUCGCUGCCGCGGCGCCGCCUGGUGCUGAACCACACGCGCGGCGUGUACCACUUCUCCAUCCAGGGCCGCACCGUGUGUCAGGGCCCCAUGCACCUGGUCUACGUGCGCCUGGCGCUCAGCUCCGACGCCUACGGAAGGUGCUUCUUCCAGCUGGUGCUGUGCGGCCACAAGUUGGAGCCGCUGGUGCUGGUGCAGCUGUCAGAGCGCUACGAGCAAAUGGAAUACCUGGGCCGUCACAUCGCCCGGAAGCUCAACAUUAACUACUUCGACUGCCUGGCCACUUCCUACCGGCACGUGGUCCGCCACUGGCCGCUGGGGGCCGCCUUCAGCCCGGGCAUCAUGCUGCGAAAGACCGGCGCCUACGACAAGCCGGGCUCUCCGUCGGACCUGGACGUGUGACGCUGCGGGCUGGCACCCCACCCUUCCCCCACCCCAGGACUGCA